UCUAACCAGCUCCCCUCAGCGAGACGCAUGAUUCUAAAGGAUGCUUCACCAUAUGCUUCUCUUAACCGCUGAGUUCGGGGUUUGGAUGUAGGCGAUUUAUCGGGCGCGGAGCUCUGAAUUUGGAUGCUUCGUUGGCACGAGUUUCCUUCCUCAUCAGUGAAAAGAAAGUGCGGGUGAUGUUGAAGCGCGUCUUGCGCGCUGCCGCUCGUUUUUCUCGAUCUCUCCUCGGGACAGGACCUUUUGGCGAAGGGAAAUGUGAAGAAGGCUUAAAGAAUGGCAUGUAAAAAUGGUUUCUGCCAAGAAGGAGAUGGUGACUGCGAUGUACCCCACUUCUAUUUCCACUCUCCUCUACUUUCUCUGUGUGACGGCUUGCAUAAAGAGAAUAUCUGGACAGAUCAGAAAGGAUGAGAAAUUAUACCCAGAAAAUUUCACACGCAUUCUUGACCGACUACUGGAUGGAUACGACAACAGACUGCGACCUGGAUUUGGGGGCCCAGUGACAGAAGUGAAGACGGAUAUUUACGUCACGAGUUUCGGGCCAGUGUCCGAUGUAGAGAUGGAGUACACCAUGGAUGUGUUCUUCCGCCAAACAUGGGUGGACAAACGGUUGAAGUAUGAUGGUCCGGUGGAGAUCCUACGACUAAAUAACCUGAUGGUGACUAAAGUCUGGACUCCCGACACUUUCUUCAGGAAUGGCAAAAGAUCCGUGGCUCACAACAUGACGGCACCCAACAGACUCUUCCGAAUCAUGAAGAAUGGAACCAUCCUGUACACCAUGAGGUUGACAAUAAGUGCCGAAUGCCCAAUGAGACUCGUCGAUUUUCCGAUGGAUGGCCACUCCUGCCCACUUAAAUUCGGCAGCUAUGCGUAUCCAAUGACUGAGAUGAUCUACACUUGGACCAAAGGCCCACAGCAUUCUGUGGAGGUCCCACCUGAGUCAUCCAGUCUGGUCCAGUAUGACCUGAUUGGACAGACUGUGUCCAGUGAGACUGUUAAGUCCAUUACAGGUGAAUAUGUUGUGAUGACGGUGUACUUCCACUUGAAACGGAAAAUGGGCUAUUUCAUGAUUCAGACGUACAUCCCCUGCAUCAUGACUGUAAUCCUUUCCCAAGUGUCUUUCUGGAUAAAUAAGGAAUCUGUGCCUGCCAGAACUGUCUUUGGAAUCACCACCGUUCUCACAAUGACGACCCUUAGUAUUAGCGCACGCCAUUCUUUGCCCAAGGUCUCGUACGCAACAGCCAUGGAUUGGUUCAUAGCAGUGUGUUUUGCUUUCGUCUUCUCUGCCCUCAUCGAGUUUGCUGCUGUGAAUUACUUCACCAACGCACAGGCCGAAAGAGCCAAGAGGAAACAGGCCAAAGCUGCCGCUGCAGCUAGUGCUAAGAGCGCCACACCAUCAGGCAAAGCUAAAGACACUGAGGAGGUUCUACAGCAAAAUUCAGACACCAACGGCAACCUACGGAAACGCGUGAACUCCAGCGUUCAGUCUCAACCUGACACAAAGAAUCCCCAAAGAACCAAACCGUCUAGCAAGAGCGGCACUGCUGCAUCCAAACCAACUCUGACCAGCCAAUCAUCUUCCACCUCAGAGGGUACCAGCAGUUUCUCCAGCCAGUCAUGUCUCAGCCCCAGUUCUGCCAGCCAAACCAAUGCAGCUACUUCAACCUCAGCCUCCAAAACCACACCCCCAGCCCCGCCCUCCACGCCAACAGUUCCUGAAAUCUCAUCACCCACCACUGGCUCCGUCCCUCUUCACCAUCUUCUCGGGCCUAAAUUAGAGAACAUUAAAAAGAAGGAAGCCAAAACUGCAGCUUCGGCUCAACCUGCGCCUUCCGCUACCGGAGGGGCCAGCAAAAUUGAUGAGUAUGCACGUAUUUUAUUCCCAGUGUCCUUUGGGGCGUUCAACAUGGUGUACUGGGUGGUGUACUUAUCUAAAGAAAGCAUGGUGGCCAAGGGAGGCUAACAAGGAGUGGUUUGUUCGUUUGUAAUCUUUUUCUACAAUUCACUGAUGAAAUAAAGACCCCUUGAAGGAUUAUGUCAACGAUCGUUCCAAGCAAUUCCCACAAAUCAAAAUUGUAUGAUGGCAAAAACAUAGCCAGACAUGACCAGGCAAGCACCUCAACAGAUUAUAUGGGUGAAAUAAUAUAAAAAAAUAAAAAAAAUAAAAAUUUCAUUGAUUGUCAAAAGGGCCAUACACAAGAUUUAGCAUGUGGAUAUAUGAUAAGUAAAAUAAAUAAAUAAUAAUAAAAAAAAAUUCAAUUCAAGCAAUCUUACAGGAAUGAAUCAUAUAUUUUUCUGUUGUCUGUUUGAAUAGCCAUAUUUCUGGUCUGUCCUAUAUAUUGCCGGAUCCACUGCAGCAGGGACAAUGCUACAAAAAAUAUAGAAAAAAACAAUACCAGGACCGUUUAGUCUAUUUUUAUAUAGAGCACUUUCUGAAAGAUUCCUUCAUUUGGAGACUCACUACGGAUACGUUUUUUUGAAACCUGAUAGAUAGGAAUUCACCCCGUGGAUGCCAAGAAAACAUAUUUCGGACAUUCUUAUGACAAUCCAUCUCUUUUGAAAAAGCAACAUGAUAUAUGUAAACUGCUCUGGCACAAAUGGUAUCUAUCGUGCGUUCUCUGGCCAAGAGAAAAUGCUAGAACAGUGCUUUUUAGGCUUUUGGGCAACCCUGAUCAGUGAAAACAUAUGCAUGUAUUUUAUUUUUUAAAGACACUAUACAAGAAAUUUCAAAAAGCACAAAUGAUAGCUUUCUCUCUGGUAUUCUUUGUUUUUGAAUGGCUUCUUUUUUAGUUCAGUUUGAUUUUGGUUUUGGUUUUAUUAUUGAAGUAUUUUUUUUUUUUUUCGUCUUAAAGCUUAUAUACAGUAUUCUCUGAUAUAAAGAUUAUAGUGUGAAAUAGGGAAUGAGUUUAACUAUAUGAAACACACAGCAUGUAUGAACGGACCCCUGGAGCACGGUUCCGUGGCAACUGCUUUGGAGCCAUUUAGAACAGUAGGAAGCUUAAACAGACUUUUGGGGUCAUCAUAUAAGAGCCAACAACAGCAAUGCCAUUCAGUCUUCAUAGGGCUGCUUAUCGUAAGUGUAUAUUGGAUCUAAAGCAGUGAUGGGUUGAGAUAUUCGGUAUCCACCAAUCAUUAGUCACGUCACAAAAAGUUAAGUAAAUGUGAAAGGACUACUUUACCCAAAAAUGACAAUUAUGUCAUCAUUUACCCUAAUGUAAU